CUCGGAGGCUCGCUCUUUUCCAGGGCGUUUGUGGAGCUCGCUUCCAUGUCCCCGGUGGGCACGGCACCCCGGAACCUCCACGCCCAUGGCCGCUAGCCUGAGGAGGCCCUCUUUCUCCGCCUCUUCUUCCUCCUCAGCCGACCCAGACGACGAGGGGGUGCGCGGCACUUGCGAAGAUGCUUCUAUAUGCAAGAGGUUUGCAGUAAGCAUUGGCUACUGGCAUGACCCUUACAUCCAGCAUUUUGUAAGACUGUCUAAGGAGAGGAAGGCCCCCGAAAUUAACAGAGGAUAUUUUGCUCGCGUCCAUGGCGUCAGUCAGCUUAUAAAGGCAUUUCUACAGAAGACAGAAUGUCACUGUCAGAUUCUAAAUCUUGGGGCUGGGAUGGAUACCACCUUCUGGAGACUAAAGGAUGAAGAUCUUCUCCCAAGUAAAUAUUUUGAAGUGGACUUUCCCAUGAUAGUCACGAGAAAGCUGCACAGCAUCAAAUACAAGCCUUUCUUACUACAACCCAUUAUAGAAUUACAUUCAGAGGACACACUGCAAAUUGAUGGACACCUGUUGGAUUCAAAGAGAUAUGCCAUUAUUGGAGCAGAUCUCCGAGAUUUACCUGAUCUCGAAGAGAAGCUAAAGAAAUGUAACAUGAAUCCACAAUUGCCAACACUGCUGAUAACGGAAUGUGUGCUGGUUUACAUGACCCCGGAGCAGUCGGCCAACCUUCUCAAGUGGGCAGCUAACAGUUUUGAGACAGCUAUGUUCAUAAACUACGAACAGGUGAACAUGGACGACCGGUUCGGACAGAUCAUGAUCGAAAACCUGCGGAGGCGACAGUGUGACCUGGCGGGAGUGGAGACCUGCAAGUCGUUAGAGUCACAGAAAGAACGGCUCCUGUCGAAUGGAUGGGAAACAGCAUCAGCCGUCAACAUGAUGGAAGUCUACAGCAGAUUGCCUCAAGCUGAAGCGAGCAGAAUAGAGUCACUUGAAUUCCUGGAUGAAAUGGAGCUGCUCGAACAGCUCAUGAAACAUUACUGCCUUUGUUGGGCAAGCAAAGGAGGAAGUGAACUAGGUUUGAAGGAAAUCACUUACUAAUCUAUUGGAAGCCCAGGCCGAGCUGGGAGCUGCUGCCACCAACCUUCCCAGAGUGGACUGGCCACGUUUCCUGGGCGGUGGCCAGCCCUGGGCUCGUCCCACACCCUGACAGACCUCACUUCCCAGGGCUGUCGCACCACCUGCUGUGCCCGUUGGCUUACUGUUUAAAUAAAUCUCUGUUGCCAGUUGC